GAAGAAGGCCAGCUUAGAAAUAUUUGGCACUGUAUGGGUCGAUCAGACGACAACAUUUCCUUUGGAAAGCCACAUCCUACAAUGCACGUUCCAGCAGCCCAGCUUGGCAGUCUCACACUUCCAGCGGGGUAUCCUCAGCAUCAGAACAUUUCGCCUUUGCUGUCUGACCAGUUGAGAAGGGACACGACAUCGCGUUCUCGCGAAAACGUCCCUUCCGGGUUUCCCCUGCAUCAUUAUGCACAGUCACAGCCUAGAGAUGUUUUUAUGCAUUCUGGUGCCAUCGGUGGUUCAAGUGCAUACCGCUCUGCAGAAGUCGGUUCAGCUGCUCAUGUUCCAUAUGGUAUUUCAAAUAGAGAUUCUCUUGAAGUAUCUAUGCAUUCACUGCAGGACACAUCAACGCAGUCUUCGGCAAGGGUUGUACCAUCGCACACAAUCAAUUUCCCUGCUCAGAGCUACGAAGGCAAUGCCAUCCAUUCCCCUCGGCUACAUCACGCAAUUCCGUCUUCCGACGUUGACGCAAACACAAGGAGCUUUGCAAAUAACUGCUACAUAUCGGAUGUCGGUCCGCCUGCUCAUGUUCCAGGUGGAAUUCCGGAUAGAAAUUAUUUGUCUGCAAAUCCUGUACCAUGGCGGCCGGCCACAGUAUUAGGACCGUUCAGCGGCACUGCAUCAUACGGCAGCAAAGUCAUUGCUCCGAGAUACGAAGGCGACGUUAGACACGUCUCAGAAUUGCAUACUGCAGAAUCAUACAAGUCCACGGCCCCCCAUGAUCAAGUUUACCGUCGUUCAGACCAUUCCCGUUAUGGUAUAGCACCCUCUCACCCUCCGCCGCAGUCAUCAUCGUCAAUUCCAGCAUCCAGGACACAGACACUUCAUCCUAGUGCACAUCAGCCGACUCCCUUCGUGGAGCACACUGUCCGAGUCGUGCCAUUUUGCAGGCAUGAUACUCAGCGGUCAGCUUCUCCUCAAGUUUACCACAUCGAUGGCUGCUUUAUAGAUAAGGAUGACGUUCCAGACCAAGGAACGAACAACGACAUCAUAAUCGUCGGCGAAUGUCUUCGCAAUGACUCACCGUGCGGCCUUUGGGUGAAAGCUGACAAGGGUUCAAUCAAGCGCCAUGCGCAGAAAUGGCACGGGGUUGCUCGUGGGGGUGACACCAACAUUGUCUUGUGUACAUGGGCCGAGUGCAACACCGAGAUGCAGAAGGGUGCUAUGCCACGACAUACUCUGUGCAAACACUUCCGCGAAACAUUUCAGUGCAACGGGUGUUUGAAAAAGUUCACUCGAGACCACUGUUGGAGAUCUCAUGUUGCGAAGUGUACGUCAAGUGGCACUGGUCAUGGAUACAGUGUGUCGUAUGACCCUAGCAUUCGUACCAUCGAUGUGAAAGGCAUGUCUCAGACAGGCCGGUAAUGAUUCUGAAUGGAAGGGACCGAUUGAGCCAAAAGGUCCAUUCAAACCAAGUUGUCGUGAUUCUCCUUCCACCCGUUCACGCAGUAUUGCUCUCAGCGCUCACUGAUUCAGAUAUUCGCACUCUGGGUUUUUCCAGGUACCGCUACUAAUAGCUAGCCUACGUGGCCAGUACAAGCUCUUGCAGAGGCAGGCAGGCAUCGCUAUCGUCACAGAAGACCGAUUUUUUAAUCCGCACCGCUUUGAUAUAAGCCCGAGGAUGACAGAGGGAUAGCACGGACCGCAGGGUGGCCCUGCCAUGAGCACCGUUGGAGCAAUUGUAUGUCUAGGUCUCGUACCGUAGCACAUGUGUUACUAUGUACGCAUUGGCUGAUUUUUCCGAUUUAUGCAUGUAUACUGG